AUGUACUCUUGCGACAUCCUACCAUUACCAGGGAAGCAGUAUCGUUAUCCAAAAAGUCUGAAUCUUCUUAAUUUGGAUAAUUAUUCCAAGUAAUAUACACAUUGAAACUAUUUUAGUUAAGAUCAACAAAGUUCAAGCAGAAUUAGAAAGCCUGCAGGCAAGUUCAAGUUAUUGAGUGUAUCAAAUUUGGUUAUAGUCGUAGUUGCACAAUUUAAAGAAGGACGAGGGCAAAAACUUUUAUCAUCAUACAUCCAUCUACAAUUUAAGGGAAUACAAUAAUCUAACUAAAUCUCCUAUCUUCUUGUAAGCUGUUCCCACUCUAUUGCUUUAGCAUGAGUGACAAUACGAAGUAGUUAAAUGAAAUGCAAACAAAAGUGCUCUUGACUGACUUUCAAAGAAAAGUGGCAUCUUAUUUGAAGAAGAUUCCAAAACCCAAGAAUAAUCAACAAUAUUACUCUGACAUCAAACCAUUAGGAUAUAAAAAGGAAUACGAGACUCAAUAAACCAUUCUACAUACCUAGCAAGAAGAAUUGCUGAAUCGAUCAUUAUGCUUGAACAAAUACAAUUAUAGACCUGAAUGUAUUAAUCUAUUUGACUGAUCUAAGUGUCUGAUGUUGGUAUCGAAGUCAUGUUGAUGGACAGCACGAAAUCCUUAACCAAGCAAGUCAUUCCCAAUGAAAAAAUACAAAACCGUUUACUCAAAUUUAUGGAAAAGUACCUAAAUGAUGACCAUAUCGAUUAUGACUUAAAGUAAUUCCACUCUUUUUCAUUAUUAUACCAUAGGUUGUAGAAGAUGACACAGCAAUACCGAGAAAUUGUUAAAAAGAUCAAAACCAAGGCUUUUAAAAUCAAAGUGCCUGAUCAUUACAAAGUCUAGAUGAGUGAUUUUAAUGAUUACUAUCAAGUGAACGAGAUAAAGUAAAGAGAAUACCUGGAAUAAUAAUUUGAUUCACUAGCUGAUCAGAUCAUCCAAUCUAUUCAAUAAAGUUCGGAAUCCUUGUCUUCUUAGAGAGAUUCCCAAUAGGAAUUGAAUCAAAUAGAACAAAGGAUUGCUACUCCCAAACAUCACAAUCAGGAGAUUCAAUAAGAAUAACAGGAUGAAAUUGUGAAUGAUGAAGACGAAGAUAGAGUGGAAGGUAUGAAGGAAUCUAAGAAAACUGGGAAACAAAAGGAUCCCAAGAAAAUAACCAAGAAGCAAUCCAUUAGAGUUCAAAGACCCUCGACUCUCCAAAGAUAAGAAUCAGAUGUUAUUUAAUAAUUAACUGAGAUGAGCAAUAUAACUCAAUAAAGGGAAUAGAGAUAACCAACAGUUUAGUAGAUUGAACCAAUUCAUGAGGAGGAAUUAAAACAGACAAUCCAAGAGAUUGCAGAGGAAUUGAAGAAACCACACAAGAAACACAUGACCAAAGCUCAAAGGGAUGAGUAGAAGAAGAGGAAGAAAGAGAUCUAGAGAUUACACGAGGAUAUUGAAAGAAUCAAAAAGGAGAAGGGAGGAGACUUUGAAUAUGAGAAAACAGAUUCAGAUAGUGAAGAUAGAUUCAGAAGAAAGAAAUUAUAAAACUAAUUUGAUGAUAUGUUUAAACCAAGACAACUCUCUCGAAGAUAAUCGCAUCAGUUUGAUGAAAAUGAAGGCGAAGAUCUCGAUUAUGCUAGUGAACAAGAAAUUGAGGACAGAACCAAAAUCUAAAGGGUUGAGUAAAUCAUAUAAUAAAAGAAAGAUCCUAAUUAUCAAUAUAACCCUUAGGAAUUUUGGUAAUAAGAAGUUAAGAUCAAUAUCAAGAAACCUCCAGUUUCAAGCAUUGCUUCACAACAGAGAUAACAAGAAAUGUUCUAGUAAUUUUAAAGAGAAAAGCUCGAACAGCAAAUGCAAAUGAUUAACUAGAAAUAUUCACAAUCAUCAAACGAUCCUCCUUAAUAACAACAAGCCAAUCCUCUCUAACACUAAAUCCCAAAUGGUUAAUAAACAUAAUAAUAAAUAAAGAAUGAUUAAUAAUAGAUGCCCUCCUAAGCUAAAGGCUCUCCACAAUAAUAACAUAUGGCCACUCCCAACUAUGAUGAAAGAAAGAAACAAAACAGUCAUUACAGUGUCCAAAAGUCCUUCAAAACUCCACAAUCUAUCCCUUCUCAAUAAAAUAAUUAAGAUUCAUUACAUGGCAUACAGGAUCACUCGUUCACUAUUGAUAAUAGGCAGAAUUCUCAAGCUCAACUUCCAUAAUAAUAAAAUUCAGAGGUUCGUAAUAACAUUGCACAAACUACACAAAACACUUAAGUUGCAUAGGGUAAUCAAAAUGAAAAUUAAUCCCAAAACAAAAAUCAACAACAGAGUGGAUAAAAUGAUCAAAAAUAAAAACAAUAAGGUUCCAACACUAAAAAACAGGAAAUACCCAGUUCAGACAAUAGAGGUAGAACCAUUCCAUCAUCGAGAAAUAUUGAAUAAGAAGAGGGAACAUAGAUUGCUAAAUAAAUUGAAGAGAGGUUAUAGUAAGUACAAUCUACCUUGAAUAAGGCAAAGUUGGGGAUGUAUGAGAAGAUGAUGGCAGCACAAUCAGUUUAUGAUGUCGACAUUAAUGUAAUAAGCACAUUUGAUUAAAAUAGGAAUAUAAAUUGGCUGAUUUUCCAUUGAGUCAAACCGUGUUUCCAAAACUUAAUGGAGAGGAUGAAAAAUUGAUCUUUUAAUAAUUGUAUUUGUUAUUGUUUAGUGUUCUUAGGUACGCAUGGCAGAAGGAAGUCUAUAAGAUAAUUCCAAUAUUAAAUUAAGUCAAUCGAAAUCUUAUUGUAUAUAAAUUAUUAAUAUAGAUUCGUGAUGAAGACGAGGGAGCAGCGUCACAUUUAGUUAGUAGUAGUGAUGAGGAUGAUAACUGA